GGCGUGCACCUGAUCAUCUGGACACAUCAAUAGCAUUCAACAAACAUGAGGACCUUCUUGCUUUUGGUACUUGCUUGUGUAGUGGUUACAGAAUCAAGAGUGGAUGACGUAAAGACGCUUCUCUUGCAGGAAAGUAUCGAAAGCGUAAAUAUAAUUCUAAAAAGCAAUUCCAAAGAGAUUUUUGAGCAGUUUGUAAAGGACGUGUUUAAAAUCCAUGCCUGCUCAGAGGAAAGCCUUUGCCGAGCAGCAGAAGCUCUUAAACAUGCAUAUCGAAACACUGAACUGUACAUGCUACGACGACGACUAUAUUCCUAUGCUGUUUAUACAGGGCUCCAGAACUGCACUGUGCCAAAUGCAGACGAAUCCUCUAUGGAUAAACUCCUGAAUGACUUAAAACACUGCUGCCAAAAACUCUUACGACAAAAGAAACAUCGCUAGAUGUGCCAGCAGGACAAUGGGAUUUGUUAGA